UCAAUUGUAUACAGAGAAUACACAUCAUGCCAGAGAAUAUGUAUACAUAGACAUUCUUUGAUCAUGCCUUUAGUUAUUAUAUGCGGUAUUCCAUGUAGUGGGAAAUCUGAGACUGCAAAAAAACUUAAUGAAUUUUUACAGUUAUCGAAUCGGAAGUCAAUUAUUAUUAGAGAUGACGAUAUUGCAACUGGAUUUCAAAGAAAUGAAGUUUAUGCAGAUGCGCGUAAGGAAAAAGAAUUCCGUGCCUCUCUUAAAUCAGAAGUGGAAAGGCAUUUGUCAAAGGAUACAGUUGUGAUCCUAGAUUCAAGUAACUACAUAAAAGGUUGUCGUUAUGAAUUAUACUGCUUAAGUAAAGCAUGUCAAACAACUCAAUGUGUUAUACUUUGUGACUUGCUUCCAUCUGACUGCUGGUCAUAUAAUGAAGAACGUGAACCUCACACACAGUAUGAAAAAGCUAUAUUUGAUGCUCUUGUCCAGAGGUUUGAAACUCCUGAUUCUAGGAAUAGAUGGGAUUCCCCUCUUUUUAUAGUCCAUAAAAAUGAAGAACUGCCUUUAAGUGAUAUAGAAAAUGCAUUAUUUGCACGAAAAGGAUUGUCACGAAAUUUAUCAACACAGUGUCAACCUUUAGAAUCAACAAAUUUUUUAUAUGAUCUGGAUAAAAAUACAACUAGUAUAGUAAAAGCAAUUCUUGAAGCUCAAAAGAUGCAUGGAGCAGGAGAUAUUAUUGUACCAGGAACAAAACAAAAGGUCUCAGUUGUAAAUCCAAUGACAACUGGUGAAUUGACAAGAAUUCGCCGCCAGUUUGUAUCUUACACUAAAAGUCAUCCAGUAAAAGACAGCAGCAAAAUUCCAGAUAUGUUUGUACAAUAUAUCAAUAAAAGUAUUCAAACUUAAAAUUA